CAGAUGAAUCUCAUUCAGUGUGGAGAAAGCAUCUCGACCAUGACGUUCAAAUGGCGCUUAUCCGCGGUCUUUGCCAAUCCGAAUUGCCUAUUGGGACGCAGGAAUCGGCACCAGCUCCUGGUUACCCUGCUGCUGAACAUAGCCACCUUCUUCCAUGGCCUUGGAGUGGGUUGGAUGUCGCCGGUGAUGAGGGAACUGCAGACCGAUGAGUCGCCCCUCGAGUUUCCCGUUCUCGUGAGCCAGGUGUCCUGGAUAGGAUCUCUCGUGGGCAUUGGCAGUGUGAUGGGCAAUCUGAUCGCCGGAUUACUCAUGGAUCGCAUUGGUCGCAAGAUGGUCCUCUUCUUCAUUGCCAUUCCGUACACGACCUUUUGGUUUCUGGUGUACUUCGUCCAGAGCGUGGAGUUCCUCUACAUCGGUCGUCUGAUGGCCGGCGUGACUGGUGGCGCCUGUUACGUCGUCCUUCCGACCUUCAUAAGUGAAAUCGCUGAUACCAAUGUGCGCGGUCGCCUAGGCUCCAUUAUCUUACUAUCGGUGAACACGGGUGUUUUGGCGGGCUAUAUAGUGUCCACAAAUGUGGGCUACUACACGUCUCCCCCGUUCAUCAUCGCCCUGCCCGUAUUUUAUUUUAUCUGCAACAUCUUCAUUCCGGAGACCCCACAUCACCUAGUUCGCAAGGGCAAAUACGAAGCGGCCAAAAGGUCGUUCAUGUUCUACAAAAAUAUCAGGAGAGAAGAAGUCAAGGCUGAGGACGAGUUCGAGGAGCUGAAGUAUCUUCUAAUUAAGGAGCAAACUGAGAAGGCCAAGUCCUUUGACUACAGGGAUUUCAUUACCAAACCAGCAUUUAAGGCCUACGCCUCCGCCGCUGUCCUGCUCAUUAGCAACCAAUUCAGUGCCAGUUUUUGUGUGACCACCUACUUGGCGGACGUAUUUGCAGCAUCCCACACCACUCUGGAUCUGGGCACGUGCACCAUAGUCAUCGGAGUGCUCCAGAUCGUGGGCAACUACGUGACCACUCUGCUGUGCGAUAAGUACGGCAGAAGGAUUCUCAUGCUGACCUCCACUUUGGGGGCCGCCCUUUGCCUAACUGCCUUCGGCACCUUCACUUACUUCGCCAAGGUGAUCGAUCUCUCUGCUUUCGGCUGGUUACCACUGCUGAUCUUGUCCUGCUUCGUACUCCUCUGCAACAUCGGCUUGGUGGGAUGCCUCUUCGUGGUUCUCGUCGAGCUCUUUCCGGCCAAGAUACGAUCUGUGGGCGUCUCCACCUUUGUGGUGAUCCUGAGCAGCACCGUAUUCCUCACGCUGAAAAUCUUUCCCAUCUGCAUGGCGGUGUGGGGCAUCUCGGCUACCAUGUUGGGCUGUAGUGGAAUUACGUUCUGCUGUUUUCUCUACUUCUGCUUCUUUCUGGAGGAGACCAAUGGAAAAUCGCUACUGGAGGCUUAGUUUGUUUACUGGAAUGAUAAUGGGUUAUCAUCACACUUGUAGCACCUGUCCGAUUAGCCUAAGCCAGUAGUUAUCUUUACGGCCAGAGGAUACAGGCCGGAUACUUAAGCCGAUUCCUCAGCGGAAAACCCUUUCAGUGGUCAGAGAUACGUUGCCAGAUGAAGACUGAAUAAAGAUCGGGGUGAUAUUUAAUUCAUA